AGAAUGGAUAGAGAGAGCGGUGUUAGUAGUACUGUACAGUAAACGCGGUUGCCCCAACCCUUUCCUUUAAACUCAUUACUUCUCUCUCCCUUGUCCUAACUCUCCCUUCUCUCUCACACACCACACGCACUUCAUCUCUCUCGCUGCACUUCAAAGCCUCUACUACAGAUCUUCUCUCCACACUCUAAAACCCUAACAAUCUCCUCAGAUCUACUCCCGCAUUCCACUCCAUCUUCUCAAUUAUAUGUGCUCUCUUGCUCACGCCCGCAGCUAUGCAUUUCUACUGUUGCUAGCUCGCUCUCUGUGAAUGGCGAGCUCAGACCCGACCAAGAGGCCCCCCUGGCCGCCGGCGCCGGACUCCGCCGCAAUGCCGCCGUCGUCCUGGGCCAAACGCACCGGCUUCCGCCCCAAAUUUUCCGGCGAGACCAACGCCAGCGACUCAGGCCAAAUUACCGCCCUGCCGCCGCCGGAGCCGCCGGCGCCGUCGUCCCAGGCUAAGUCAAAACCGCCGAAUUCUAAUCUGGACCUCGAAGCCGGGCGGCCGCGGCCCGGUCCGAAUUCAAACGGGGAGGCUGCUGUGGCGACUGCGAGGGAUAGAGAUAGGGAUAGGGAUAGGGCGAAGGAGAAGGAGGAGAAGGAGCGGAAGGAGAAGGAGAAAGAGAAGGAGCUUACGCCGCCAGUGAGGAAGCGGAGGGAUUCGGAUGGAGGCAAAAAUUUGGGAGCUAAUGGAGGGGAUGGCAGCCGGAGGGCGGUGAGGAAUGAGGAUGCCGCCGCCGCCGCGGACGUGCUGCCGCAAUCGGUGAUGGAUGAUGAUGGGUUUAUAUCGAGGCAGUCGCAUAUGAAGUACGAGUUGAGAGAUUCUCCUGGGCUUGUUCCCAUUGGUCUCUAUGGAUUUCAACAUUUUCUUUCUAUGUUGGGCUCGUUGAUACUGAUCCCGCUCGUGUUAGUCCCGGCAAUGGGUGGCACCCAUGAAGAUACGGCUAAUGUAGUUUCCACAGUGCUAUUCAUGUCAGGAGUGACGACACUUUUACAUAUAUCGUUUGGCUCAAGAUUGCCCUUGAUACAGGGCCCUUCAUUCGUUUAUCUUGCUCCUGCACUUGCAAUUAUCAACUCUCCCGAAUUUUUGGGGCUUAAUGGAAAUAAUUUCAAGCACAUUAUGAAGGAGCUACAAGGGGCUAUAAUUAUUGGUUCCGCCUUCCAAGCCUUCUUGGGGUACAGUGGUCUGAUGUCAAUAUUUGUAAGGUUAAUAAACCCAGUUGUUGUGUCCCCUACAAUUGCGGCUGUUGGGCUCUCGUUCUACAGCUACGGCUUCCCACGGGUUGGCACGUGUAUCGAGAUUGGCAUGGUGCAGAUAUUACUAGUUGUUGUGUUUUCCCUUUACCUCCGUAAAGUAUCGAUCUUGGGCCAUCGCGUGUUCCUAAUUUAUGCGGUUCCACUUGGUCUGUUUAUUACAUGGGCUACAGCCUUCCUUCUGACAGAAUCUGGAGUAUAUAGCUAUAAAGGUUGUGAUGCAAGCAUACCAGCUUCAAAUAUAAUAUCGGACCACUGCAGGAGGCACGUUUCAAGGAUGAAGAGUUGUCGAGUUGAUACUUCUCAAGCAUUGAGAUCUGCACCUUGGUUUCGGUUUCCAUACCCAUUACAGUGGGGAACACCUGUCUUUCACUGGAAGAUGGCCCUCGUAAUGUGUGUGGUGUCUAUCAUUUCAUCAGUCGAUUCUGUCGGUUCAUAUCAUGCAUCAUCAUUAUUGGUGGCUUCCAGACCUCCGACAGCGGGCGUUUUAAGUCGGGGAAUAGGUCUUGAAGGUCUCUCUAGCAUCUUGGCUGGUCUGUGGGGCACAGGGACCGGCUCGACGACUUUGACAGAGAAUGUUCACACCAUUGCUGUAACCAAAAUGGGCAGUCGAAGAGCAGUCGAAUUGGGUGCAUGCAUAUUGAUCGUCCUAUCUCUCAUUGGUAAAAUCGGGGGUUUCAUUGCAUCGAUACCUCAAGUUAUAGUUGCAGCUCUCUUGUGCUUUAUGUGGGCAAUGCUCACCGCAUUGGGAUUGUCGAACUUGCGAUACAGCGAAGCUGGGAGUUCGAGGAACAUAAUCAUCGUCGGGUUGUCCUUGUUCUUCUCCCUAUCAGUCCCGGCCUACUUCCAGCAGUACGGCAUCUCUCCGAACUCCAACGUGUCGGUUCCGAGCUACCUCCAGCCGUACAUCGUGGCUUCUCACGGUCCCAUACACACAAAAUCUUCCGGGCUGAACUAUGUUCUGAACACGUUACUGUCGCUUCAAAUGGUGAUUGCGUUCCUGCUUGCUCUCAUUCUCGACAACACGGUGCCUGGGAGUCGACAGGAACGGGGAGUGUACGUGUGGUCCGAACCUGAAGCCGCAAGAAGGGAGCCUGCUGUGUGUAAAGACUACGAGCUGCCGUUUAGGGUUGGCAGAAUGUUCAGAUGGGUGAAGUGGGUUGGCCUCUGAGAGCUCGUCGGGUGCACCAUGCAACUGUACAAUUUUCCGGCUUCCAGCAUGCGACUGUACAAUUGUCUGGCUUGCCGGAAGCCGUGUGUUGGAAUGAGAAAGAUUCUAUCUUCGUCAGGUCCGUUGAUUGGUAGUUGGUAUUUGCAGUUAUAGAAUGAUUCUUUGAGGAGGGCCGGAUAUUGUGGGGGCACCGCUCUUGCAGAGAUGAGGAUUCGGGUUGUGUAUAUUGCAGUUUUUUCGUUCCUUUCUUUUUUCUUUUUGGGUCUUUUUGGUUGGGUUUUUUGUUUUUUGUUUUUUGUUUUUUAAUUUCCGGGGCUGGGUUGGGGGGUGGGGGUUCAAUCCUAUGUUGUAAUGUUAUAAUUGUAAAACAUGCACGUGUAUUUUGAAUUAAAGAUUGGACAUUCACCCAAAA